AUGAAUCCGGAAUACGAUUAUUUAUUCAAAUUAUUACUUAUCGGUGAUUCGGGUGUUGGCAAAUCAUGUUUAUUAUUACGUUUUGCUGAUGAUACUUAUACUGAAAGUUAUAUUAGUACAAUUGGUGUUGAUUUUAAAAUUCGUACAAUUGAUCUUGAAGGAAAAACAAUUAAAUUGCAAAUUUGGGAUACUGCUGGCCAAGAACGAUUUCGAACAAUUACAAGCAGUUAUUAUCGUGGAGCUCAUGGAAUUAUUGUUGUUUAUGAUGUGACAGAUCAAGAAUCAUUUAAUAAUGUUAAACAAUGGUUACAAGAAAUUGAUCGUUAUGCAAGUGAUCAAGUAAAUAAACUUUUAGUUGGCAACAAAUGCGAUUUAACAGCUAAAAAAGCCGUUGAUUAUGUUAAAGCUAAAGAAUAUGCAGACUCAUUAAAUAUAAAAUUUUUGGAAACUAGUGCCAAAAAUGCCACUAAUGUUGAACAAGCAUUUAUGACAA